AUGUCGUUCUCUUUUCCUGUUUCAUUUUGCUCUUUCCUCUCUUUUCUGUUUUCUUCAAAAGCCUUACCUAUGAAAGGGAAGCUUCCUCCGGGACCUAUUGGUCUUCCAAUCAUCAGAAACUUGCACCAGCUUGUAAAUUACUCUUCACAGAAAUAUAUUUUCAUAAACUCUCUCAAGAGACAAGAGUAUGGACCCGUGAUGUUUAUUCGUUUUGGUGUGGUUCCUGUCGUUGUUCUCUCCACAAAGGAAGCAGCUGAAGAAGUUCUCAAGACUCAUGAUCUCUCGAGUCUUGUACCCGACCAAAGCUAG